AUGAGCCUCACUGUCUUGCCCCGCUGCCAUUUCUGGGCGCGCCUGGUUGGCAUGUUCGGGCUUUUUAUCGUCGCUUCGGGUGCCGCGCAAGCAAAUUUUAGCCCCAACAGCGACGACGCCCGCUGCAGUGGAAGCAAUGUUAAUCGCUGUCCGCGCGGGCCGCAGCGCGAACGCCCCGACCUCUCAACCACCAUGUCGGCCGAAACCAUUGCCAACCUCAACCGCACGUUUAUCCGUCCCUACGAAGAAACAAGCGGUAUCAAAUCUUCCUUCAUCAUGACCUUUGGCAUCAUGACCGUGCGGGAGGACCCCUUCAUCGAUCUCAACGCGACCAUUCCACCUGUACCCGUCUGUACCAUGGACUCGACACUCAUUGUGAAGGAGUACUUUCAGCUCGAGGUGGCCGAGAGUCUCUACGGCUUUCAAGACAGCGAUAUCCAGCAGCCGCCCUGUGACUGCUUUCAACAUGGCCCAUUAUUCGGAGGCAACUGUUCUUGCGAAUUGGAUAAUUGGGACAUUCAGGCCUCCUUUGAUAACCUCAAGAGUCGCGAAGACUUGGCCACCUCCACAACGGCGUUUGUGGACUGCACAUCAGGAUGGUGUGGGGACCUGAUUCCUGAUGGCUAUUUUCAGAAGCGAACAUCCUUUUUCCGAGGCACCUUUGCGCAGGUGUACGACUUGCAGCUUUUUCCUUUCGAUGCCCAGGAAUUUUGGAUCAAUUUCACACUCGAUGUACCAUACGGUAUCAUUACAAUGCCAGUCAAGACGUCGCGCUACGAUUUUGACGUGACAAAAGCCGGUUUCACGUUCACUCAGAUUGAUUGCGUGGGCAAAAACAUAUCUGGCCUGGUUUAUGGAGGUGGCUGCCGCUUCAAGGCACGGCGUCUCUAUAGUCCCAUGACCAUGAAUCUUAUCGUCCCAAGCGCGUUAUUUGUGGCCAUUGGCUUCUUCUCCUUGGUAGUCAACCCAGCCAAGACCAUGAUGAUGCGAGCGUCCAUGACCAUGCUUGCCCUGGUCGUACAGACUCAGCUUCGACGCCAAAUUCUGUCAGCGCUCCCGCCAUCGGAGGAUUUGGUGUGGAUCGACAUGUAUCUCUUUGUGUGCAUCCUGGUGAUCUCCAUGGUCAUGAUGAGUCAUGCCAUCAGUGACGCCAUGGUUCGGCACGACUUGUUGGUGAUGCAGCGACGGUUUGAUAGCCUCGUUCUUCGGGUGUUGCCCACGUGCCUGGUGUUGCUGAUCAUCAUCAUCUCACUUGCCGUGACAACGAGCCAGUCUGUGUGGGUACCUGUCACCGUUGUUUUGGUCAUGACGUUGCUGGCUGUGGCUGUGGCCAGCUUUGCGCACCAGUGGUUCAAGGCGCAUCGUGAAGAGGCUCUCAAGGCGGAAUACAGCGUUGAGAACAAACGGGUGGCCGAAAGCAUGGCUGAAACCCGAUGGCUUCGGGUGGGUCAGGUCAUGGACCGCGUCAUGUCACGCCGGCGCACAUCACGACGGACAGGACCGACCAACAAUGAGGAGCUGGGAGACGUCAUUGCCGUCACUUCCUUUGCCAACAGCCCAAAUCACAAGGACAUCAAGUCCUGAUAGUCAGAAAGCGCAAGGCAACCUCCUCGGCUUGGGAAGGGACCCUCAUGGGUCACUAGAGCACUCCCCCGCCUUCUCUUUCUGAAUGAUAACGAACAUGUACUCGGGCCACCUAUCGGCUCGCUCUCGAGCUGAAAGGACACGGUGGCCAUAUCUCACCCGGGCGCCAACGCCCGUUUUGAAUGAAUCGAUCUUAUCAUUGU